AAGGAAAUCAGCCCUGAGUGCUCCCUGGAAGGACAGAUCGUGAAGCUGAGGCUCCAAUACUUUGGCCACCUCAUGAGAAGAGAAGAAUCCUUGGAAAAGACCCUGAUGUUGGGAAAGAUUGAGGGCACAAGGAGAAGGGGACGACAGAGGACAAGAUGGUUGGACAGUGUUCUCGAAGCUACGAAUAUGAGUUUGACCAAACUGCGGGAGGCAGUGCAAGACAGGAGUGCCUGGCGUGCUAUGGUCCAUGGGGUCACGAAGAGUCGGACACGACUAAACGACUAAACAACAACAACCAGAGCCUGCAAUAAACCCAGAUGCCAAAUUGCUGCCACAUACACCCGGACAACACCAUUACUGGCCACAACGACAUCCAACAUACCAUCUCAGGACUAUUUAAUUGCUCAUCUUCUAACAUUGUGUAUGCCAUCAAAUGCCAACAGUGCCCUUCAGCUCUCUAUAUUGGACAAAAAGGCCAAACCCUACGCCAAAGGAUAAAUGGACAUAAAUCUGACAUCAGGAACCAUAAGACAGAGAAACCAGUAGGAGAACACGUCAGUCUCCCAGGACAUUCUACACAAGAUCUCAAAGCAGCUGUUUUAUUACAGUAAAAUUUCAGAAGCAGACUGGAAAGAGAAGUUCCUGAAUUGGAACUCAUUACCAAGCUUAAAACCAUGGAGCCACCUGGGAUGAACAAAGACAUAGGAUUCUUAUCUCAUUAUGCAUGAUCAAGCUUUCUUUAGCGCCUCUGCCCUUGCUUCCCCCCCCUGCAGGUCCAAUUGCAGUCAUCAGCAGUUGUUAACAGCCAUCAACAGGUUUACCACUCCUAUCAGCCCAUCACCCAUUCCCACCCACCCACCACCCACCCUCUGAAUAUACAUAAGGGUCUGGUUGCUUCUGUUUCAGUGUAUCUGAAGAAGUGUGCAUGCACACAAAAGCUCAUACCAAAAUAAAAACUUAGUUGGUUUUUAAGGUGCUACUGAAUGAAUUUUUUAAUUUUCCUUCAAUUAGCAAUUCAGCAUUUCUGGAAGGGGAAAUGAUAUACCUUUGUAUAUUACCAUAGAAAAAAACCAUGCAUGAAAAAGUAUUACUCAUUUAUGAUGAGAAAAUGAUUUUGUGUGAAGUUGGGGAAAUCUUUGUGUGUGUUAAAAACUUUGGUUCAGAACGUGAGGCAUUGUGGGACAAGGCAAACUACAGCAUCCUGGGAAUGUGCUUUUGUCUCCCCUUAAGAUGAAUUUCUCUCUGUCAGUUUAUUCCUGUCUGUAAAGGCAGGAAUAAAUCCUUCUCUGAUUUACAUGCUCAAGAGAAACCUGCUGCCCUGGUGUGAAAUUUGAGUGUGUGUAUUUGAGCCAGGAGGUUAUCAGCCUGAGUUGCUUACAGACUCCAGAUUUGUCAGAAGAGCUUGAGAACUGCAAGGGAGUUUCCCCGUCCCAAGCCUUGAAGUUUCAUAAGGGCCAGCUGCUCUGAUCCUUGACAACUGGAAGAUGAAUGCUUAUCACCUUGCCAUUGGUCAAUCCACAUGUAAUUGGAUCUAAUUGUAAUCUAAUUGGAUAAUGUCAAUUGCUCUAUGCCAUUCUUCUUGGGGGAGAGGGAUUGGGACUCUGUCUGUUUGUUUUUCCAGUUUGCUUAUGAUUUGCUAGAGCUUCUCAUUAGCACAGGCAGAACUUGGCAGAAGACAAAAGGCUUCCUUCCGGUCUCGCAGAGGCUUCCUGAGACCACAGAUGGAUGACCGAGACUCAGCUGGCCCUGGAGCAGGAAGAGGCCAUGCCAUCCAAACUGGGAGCAGUGGGGGAUUCUGGGAAAACCCAGUGCAGAAGAUCCUGGGUGAGGAGGACACCCUCCGCUCAGAGGUGCAGAGCCAGCAGUUGAGGCGGUUCUGCUGCCAGGAGGCCAAAGGACCCCGAGAGGUUUGCAGCCGACUCUACCACUUUUGCCACCAGUGGCUGAAGCCAGAAAGGCACACGAAAGCUGAGAUGCUGGACCUGGUGAUCUUGGAGCAGUUCCUGGCUGUCCUUCCCCCAGAGAUGGAGAGCUGGGUGAGGGAAUGCGGAGCGGAGACCAGUUCCCAGGCGGUGGCCCUGGCCGAAGGUUUCCUCCUGAGUCAGGCAGAGGAGAGAAAGCAGGAAAAUGAUCAUUUUGCAGAAAUGGACCUGGAUUCCUGUGAGGCAGAGAGGCCUCCGUUGGACACAAGACAGAGGCAGCUGGGUGACAGAAUGAAGACAGCAAGACCUCCUUAUUCACAUUUUCACGGGGGCAGAAAGGAAACAGCAGCUGUGGAACCAGAUCAGGGUCCAGUGUCCUUUGAAGACGUCGCUGUUUGUUUCACGGAUGAGGAGUGGGCGUUGCUGGAUCCUGACCAGAGAGCCCUGCAUAAAGAAGUCAUGGAGGAGAAUCGUGGGAUCGUGGCCUCUCUUGAACUGGAAAUCAAUAACAAGGGUGACCAGAACAAAUUCCCCACAAUGGAAAAGCCUUAUAAAUAUAUUGAAAGUGGAAAAAGUUCCCAUUCCACUUCCCAUCAAAGAAAUCCCAAUGGGAAGAAACCUUAUCAGUGCAUAGAAUGUGGAAAGAGCUUCAGUCAAAAGGCCAGCCUCACUUCCCAUCAAAUAAUUCAUACAGGGGAGAAACCCUAUCAGUGCAUGGAAUGUGGAAAGAGCUUCAGUCACAGCCAUGGUCUCAUUUCUCAUCAAAGAAUUCAUACAGGGGAGAAACCCUAUCAGUGUGUGGACUGUGGAAAGAGCUUCAGUAAGAGCGCCCAUCUCACUCGGCAUCAGAGAAUUCAUACAGGGGAGAAACCCUAUCAGUGUGUGGAAUGUGGAAAGAGCUUCAAUCAGGGCCAAAGUCUCACUUCCCAUCAAAGGAUUCAUACAGGGGACAAACCCCAUCAGUGUGUGGAAUGUGGAAAGAGCUUCAGUAGGAGCUUCUCUCUCACUUCUCAUCAAAGAAUUCAUACAGGAGAGAAACCCUAUCAGUGCAAGGAAUGUGGAAAGAGCUUCACUAAUAGGUCCGAUCUCACUUCCCAUCAAAGAAUUCAUACAGGGGAGAAACCCUACCAAUGCGUGGAAUGUGGAAAGAGAUACUGCCGGAGCACGGAUCUCACUUUCCAUCAAAGAAUUCAUACAGGGGAGAAACCAUAUAAUUGCUUGGAAUGUGGAAAAAGCUUCAGUACCAGCUCUAAUCUCACUUCCCAUCAAAGAAUUCAUACAGGGGAGAAACCCUAUCAGUGUGUGGAAUGUGGAAAGAGCUUCAGUACGAGCUCUGAUCUAACCAAGCAUCAGAGAAUUCAUACAGGGCAGAAACCCUAUCAGUGUGUGGAAUGUGGAAAGAGCUUCAGUCACAACUCCUCUCUCACUUCCCAUCAAAGAAUUCAUACAGGGGAGAAACCCUAUAAGUGUGUGGAAUGUGGAAAGAGCUUCAGUAAGAGCUCCAACCUCAUGACCCAUCAAAGAAUUCACAGAGGGGAGAAACCCUAUCAGUGUUUGAAAUGUGGAAAGAGCUUCAUUACCAGCUUCUCUCUCACUUCCCAUCAAAGAAUUCAUACAGGAGAUAAACCCUAUCAAUGCGUGGAAUGUGGAAAGAGAUUCUGCCGGAGUACGGAUCUCACUUUCCAUCAAAGAAUUCAUACAGGGGAGAAACCAUAUAAUUGCUUGGAAUGUGGAAAGAGCUUCAGGACGAGCUUCGAACUCACUUCCCAUCAAAGAAUUCAUACAGGGGAGAAACCCUAUAAGUGUGUGGAAUGUGGAAAGAGCUUCAGUCACAACUCCUCUCUCACUUCCCAUCAAAGAAUUCAUACAGGGGAGAAACCCUAUCAAUGUGUGGAAUGUGGAAAGAGCUUCAGUAAGAGCUCCAACCUCAUGACCCAUCAAAGAAUUCACAGAGGGGAGAAACCCUAUCAGUGUUUGAAAUGUGGAAAGAGCUUCAUUACCAGCUUCUCUCUCACUUCCCAUCAAAUAAUUCAUACAGGGGAUAAACCCUAUCCGUGUGUGGAAUGUGGAAAGAGCUUCAGCUGUAGUUCUGCUCUCAGUUGCCAUCAAAGAAUUCAUACAGGGGAGAAACCAUAUCAGUGUGUGGAAUGUGGAAAGAGCUUCAGGACGAGCUUCGAACUCACUUCCCAUCAAAGAAUUCAUACAGGGGAGAAACCCUAUCAGUGUGUGGAAUGUGGAAAGAGCUUCAGUCACAACUCCUCUCUCACUUCCCAUCAAAGAAUUCAUACAGGGGAGAAACCCUAUCAGUGUGUGGAAUGUGGAAAGAGCUUCAUUAAGAGCUCCAACCUCAUGACCCAUCAGAGAAUGCACAGAGGGGAGAAACCCUAUCAGUGUGUGGAAUGUGGAAAGAGCUUCAGUACGAGCUCCUAUCUCACUGAGCACCAGAGAAUUCAUACAGGGGACAAACCCUAUAAGUGUGUGGAAUGUGGAAAGAGCUUCAGUAAGAGCUCCAACCUCAUGACCCAUCAGAGAAUGCACAGAGGGGAGAAACCUUAUCAGUGCGUGGAAUGUGGAAAGAGCUUCAGUACGAGCUCCUAUCUCGCUAAGCACCAGAGAAUUCACAGAGGGAAACCCUAUCUGUGUGUGGAAUGUGGAAAGAGCUUCCGUCAGAUCUCCUCUCUCACUUCCCAUCAAAGAAUUCAUACAGAGGAGAAACCUUAUCAGUGCAUGGAAUGUGGAAAGAGCUUCAGUGACAGCCGAAAUCUUACUUCCCAUCAAAGAAUUCAUACAGGGGAGAAACCCUAUCAGUGCAUGGAAUGUGGAAAGAGCUUCAGUCAGAGCCAUGGUCUCAUUUCUCAUCAAAGAAUUCAUACAGGGGAGAAACCCUAUCAGUGCGUGGAAUGUGGAAAGAGCUUCAGUCAGAGCGCCAGUCUCACUUCCCAUCAAAGAAUUCAUACAGGGGAGAAACCCUAUCAGUGUGUGGAAUGUGGAAAGAGCUUCAAUCAGGGCCAAAGUCUCGCUUCCCAUAAAAGAAUUCAUACAGGGGAGAAACCCCAUCAGUGUGUGGAAUGUGGAAAGAGCUUCACUAGGAGCUCCUCUCUCACUUCUCAUCAAAGAAUUCAUACAGGAGAGAAACCCUAUCAGUGCAAGGAAUGUGGAAAGAGCUUCACUAAUAGGUCCGAUCUCACUGCCCAUCAAAGAAUUCAUACAGGAGAGAAACCCUAUCAGUGUGUGGAAUGUGGAAAGAGCUUCACUAAUAGCUCCCAUCUCACUUCCCAUCGAAGAAUUCAUACAGGAGAGAAACCCUAUCAGUGUGUCGAAUGUGGAAAGAGCUUCACUGAAUACUCCAAUCUCACUUCCCAUCAAAGAAUUCAUACAGGAGAGAAACCCUAUCAGUGUAUGGAAUGUGGAAAGAGCUUCGGUACGAGCCACAAUCUCACUUCCCAUCAAAGAAUCCAUAUAGAGAAACCGUAUCAGUGUGUGGAAUGUGGGGAAAGCUUCAGGAUGAGCUCAGAUCUCAUUUUGCAUCAAAAAAUUCACACAGGGGAGAAACUGUAUCAGUGUGUGGAAUGUGGAAAGAGUUUCAGUACAAGCUCCAAUCUCACUACCCAUCAAAGGAUUCAUACAGGGGAGAAACCCUAUCAGUGUGUGGAAUGUGGAAAGAGCUUCAGAACAGGCUCCCAUCUCGAUACCCAUCAAAGAAUUCACAAAGGGGAGAAACCCUUUCAGUGUGUGGAAUGUGGAAAGAGCUUCAGUGACAGCCGAAAUCUCACUUCCCAUCAAAUAAUUCAUACAGGGGAGAAACCCUAUCAGUGUAUGGAAUGUGGAAAGAGCUUUAUUCGAAAGGCCAACCUCACUUCCCAUGAAAGAAUUCACACAGGGGAGAAACCCUAUCAUUGUGUGGAAUGUGGAAAGAGCUUCAGUCAGAGCGACACUCUCACUUCUCAUCAAAGAAUUCAUACAAGGGAGAAACCCUAUCAGUGUGUGGAAUGUGGAAAGAGCUUCAGUACGAGGUCCUCCCUAAAUUCUCACCAAAGAAUUAAUACAGGGGAGAAACCCUAUCAGUGCGUGGAAUGUGGAAAGAGCUUCAGUAUGAGCUCCCAUCUCACUAAGCAUCAGAGAAUUCACACAGGGGAUAAACGCUAUCAGUGCAUGGAAUGUGGAAAGAGCUUUAAUCAGAGUGGCCAUCUCACUUCCCAUGAAAGAAUUCACACAGGGGAGAAACCCUAUCAGUGUUUGGAAUGUGGAAAGAGCUUCAGUCAGAGCGCCACUCUCACUUCUCAUCAAAGAUUUCAUACAAAGGAGAAACCCUAUCAGUGUGUGGAAUGUGGAAAGAGCUUCAGUAGGAGCUCCUCCCUAAAUUCCCAUCAAAGAAUUCAUACAGGGGAGAAACCCUAUCAGUGCGUGGAAUGUGGAAAGUUAUUCACUCACUUUGGGGACGUAGCCAGGCACAGACUUGUUCACUCCAAUUCCACUUCCCAUCAACGAAAUCUCAUUGGAAAGAAACCCUAUCAGUGCGUGGAAUGUGGAAAGAGCUUCAAUCAGAGUGGCCAUCUCACUUCCCAUCAAAGAAUUCAUACAGGGGAGAAACCCUAUCAGUGUGUGGAAUGUGGAAAGAGAUUCAAUCAGAGUGGCCAACUCACUUCCCAUCAAAGAAUUCAUACAGGGGAGAAACCCUAUCAGUGUGUGGAAUGUGGAAAGAGCUUCCGUGACAGCCACAAUCUCACUUCCCAUCAAAGAAUUCAUACAGGGGAGAAACCCUAUCAGUGUGUGGAAUGUGGAAAGAGCUUCAUUACGAGGUCCGAUCUCACUAAGCAUCAGAGAAUUCAUACAGGGGAGAAACCCUAUCAGUGCGUGGAAUGUGGAAAGAGCUUCAGUAUGAGCUCCAAUCUCACUAAGCAUCACAGAAUUCAUACAGGGGAGAAACCUUAUAAGUGUGUAGAAUGUGGAAAGAGCUUCAGUAUGAGCUCCAAUCUCAGAAACCAUCAAAGAAUUCAUACAGGGGAGAAACCCUAUCAGUAUGUGGAAUGUGGAAAGAGCUUCAGUACGAGCUCCUCUCUCACUUCCCAUCACAAAAUUCAUACAGGGGAGAAACCCUAUCAGUGUGUGGAAUGUGGGAAGAGCUUCGCUGAUAGCUCCGAUCUCACUAAGCAUCAGAGAAUUCAUACUGGGGAGAAACCCUAUCAGUGUGUGGAAUGUGGAAAGAGCUUCAGUCAUAGCUCCUCUCUCACUUCCCAUCACAGAAUUCAUACAGGGGAGAAACCCUAUCAGUGUGUGGAAUGUGGAAAGAGCUUCAGGAAGAGCUCCCAUCUCACUUCGCACCAAAUAAUUCAUACAGGGGAGAAACCCUAUCAGUGUGUGGAAUGUGGGAAGAGCUUCGUUGAUAGCUCCGAUCUCACUUCCCAUCAGAGAAUUCAUACAGGGGAGAAACCCUAUCAGUGUGUGGAAUGUGGAAAGAGCUUCAGUCAUAGCUCCUCUCUCACUUCCCAUCAAAGAAUUCAUACAGGGGAUAAACCCUAUCAGUGUGUGGAAUGUGGAAAGAGCUUCAGGAGGAGCUCCCAUCUCACUUCGCACCAAAUAAUUCAUACAGGGGAGAAACCCUAUCAGUGUGUGGAAUGUGGGAAGAGCUUCGCUGAUAGCUCCGAUCUCACCAAGCAUCAGAGAAUUCAUACUGGGGAGAAACCCUAUCAGUGUGUGGAAUGUGGAAAGAGCUUCAGUCAUAGCUCCGAUCUCACUAAGCAUCAGAGAAUUCAUACUGGGGAGAAACCCUAUCAGUGUGUGGAAUGUGGAAAGAGCUUCAGUACGAGCUCCGAUCUCACUAAGCAUCAGAGAAUUCAUACAGGGGAGAAACCCUAUCAGUGUGUGGAAUGUGGAAAGAGCUUCAGUUUUAGCUCCGUUCUCACUAAGCACCAGAGAAUUCAUACAGGGGAGAAACCCUAUAAGUGUGUGGAGUGUGGAAAGAGCUUCAGUACGAGCUCCUCUCUCACUUCCCAUCACAAAAUUCAUACAGGGGAGAAACCCUAUCAGUGUGUGGAAUGUGGAAAGAGCUUCAGUCAUAGCUACUCACUCACUUCCCAUCACAGAAUUCAUACAGGGGAGAAACCCUAUCAGUGUGUGGAAUGUGGGAAAAGCUUCACUAUGAGCUCCAAUCUCACUAAGCAUCAGAGAAUUCACACACGGGAGAAACCAUAUAAUUGCUUGGAAUGUGGAAAGAGCUUCAAGGAAAAGGCCAAUCUGAAUACCCAUCAAAGAAUUCACACAGGGGAGAAACCCUAUCAGUGUGUGGAAUGUGGAAAGAGCUUCUAUCAAAAGUCCAAUUUCAAUACCCAUCAAAGAAUUCACACAGGGGAGAAACCCUAUCAGUGUGUGGAAUGUGGAAAGAGCUUCUAUCAAAAGUCCAAUUUCAAUACCCAUCAAAGAGUUCAUUCAGGGGAGAAACCCUAUCAGUGUAUGGAAUGUGGAAAGAGCUUCAGUAAGAGCUCCUAUCUCUCUUCCCAUCAAAGAAUUCAUACAGGGGAGAAACCAUAUAAAUGCAUAGAAUGUGGGAAGAGCUUCAAUGACAAGGCCAAUCUCAAUUCCCAUCAAAGAAUUCACACAGGUGAGAAGCCCUAUCAGUGUAUGGAAUGUGGAAAGAGCUUCAGUACGAGCUCUCAUCUCAUUUCCCAUCAAAUAAUUCAUACAGGGGAGAAACCGUAUCAGUGCUUGGAAUGUGGAAGGAGCUUCAGGAGGAGUUACGAUCUCACUUCCCAUCAAAGAAUUCAUACAGAGGAGAAUCACAGAAUCGUAGAAUUGUGGAGCUGGGUGUGAUCCCUUGUGUCAUCUAGUCCACCCCAUGUGAUGCAGGAAUAGCAAGUAAAGCAUCCAUGACAGAUGGCCAUCCAACUUCACUUGAAAACCUCAAAAGAUGGAAAUUCCAGGACUUCCUUUUUUAAAUUAUUUAAUUAAGUUUACUACGAGCUUUUAACAUAGCGGAUAUACAUACAAACGUACGGUGCAUACAUGCAAACAUACAGUACAAGCAUACAAUAUAAACAUACAAAAAAAACCUUAAACAAAUACCUACAUUCCAUUACCAUACAAUACUAAUAUUCAUAUCCUUGAAAUUAGUUCUUGAUCAUUUAUAAGUUAUUACAUCAAUAAUAGAAAGAAAGAAAAAUUUGUAUACCGAUUUCUUAGUCCUCUGUUCCCAGCAGAGGAAGCUAAGUUAAAUAAUCCUGGUUCUUAAACUUUUCCAUUCUAUCUCUCCCUUAAACUCUAUCCGAAAAUAAACAAAAGCAUAUUAUAAAACAGGACUUAGACUUCUUAAAUUCUUUAUCAUCAUGUCGUCCUUUUAUACUAUAUCGUUGUUAUCCCUUUUCGUUAUAAAACGAGUUAUUCUGUUGCAAUGGCCGUGUUGGUAUCGCAUCGUUUUUUAGAUACAUCAAAAAUUCCAGCACUUCCAAGGGAGUCCAAUCCACUAACAGCUCUUGCUGUCAAAAAGUUCCUCCACAUGUUUAGUCAGAGUCUUCUUUUUUUAACUUGAAGCCAUUGGUUCGUGUCCUACCCUCUGGAGCAGUAAAAGAUGAGCUAAAAACGAUACAACAAAGAAGAAAGUUUCCUUCCACAGAAUUUAAAUAAUUAACAAAAAAUCAGAAUUCCUUGACUUCCUAUCCUCAAUUUCCAUGUUUCCUUUUAACCCCCAUUUGUUCAUUCCGUUGCUCUGGAAUACCUCUCAAAUAUAAUGUUGUGUUGUGUUGUUUUGCUCCCAGAAGUGCAAUAUUAUUGAUUAUGUCUUCCUGGGUUUCUCUUACUGUGGCUAUCCCUGUUUUCCCAUUCUUUCUUGACCCCCUUUAAUCCCUCAGUUCUCUUCUUAAUUUCUCUUAACACCCUCCUCCAAAGCUUGGACUGAUUUUUCCAAACCAUUAGUUUUCCUGGAUAGUGUUUUGAUCUCUGUUGUACAUUUGCCCAUCUUUUUUGGUGUUAUUUUGUAAAUCUUUUCCUAAUUCCACCAGGAUGUCUGCUAUAUUGGCAUCUCCUUAGGUGGACCCCCUUUUAGUUUGGGUCGUUUCUUUUGUCCAGCCAAGUUUUUUUCUGUUAGAAUAUUUUUCUUUCCAAUUAAAUAUUUUUUAUUUGUUAUUCCCAAUGUCUCUCCCACUGUUGUCUUUAUUUUAUUUUAUUUCUCCUUUAUUGACCACCUGUUGUUCUCUUGUCCUUUGAGAACAACAAAAUUUUUCUCCCUUUGCUCUUUUUUUUUUCCUUUUUAUCACAGUUUUGAACUCUCAUACUUUGAAGGAGCAAGCUUUUAAUUUCAUGAAGUGAGCCAGCUAAUCCUCUAGUAACAGUCAUAGCUGAGAUAGGAAGACCAUGUUGAGGGUCUGGAAAGAGUAUUCAGACGGGAGUGAAGCUGGAGGUCUAAGUAAAAGUUAACUUCUACCUGAAAGGACACAUAUCCUGACCCAACUUUCUUUCACCAUCCUUUUUUUUUUUUGUAAAUAAAACUUUCCUUGUUUAAGAAUUGGAUAGGAUCGAGGGGUGAAUGUAGGUAUGUUGGUUUGUUUUGUUUGAUUUCUUUGUUUCUGUUAGAAUAUUUGGUUGUUUAUGAUUUGGUUUGAUUGGUAUGUUUUGAUAUAAUUUUCAAUAAAGAUGAUUUUUUAAAACAACUGAUUUUGAGAGGAGGGAGUUUAAGAGAAGCUGUGCCUGUAGAACCGUGUUUAAUCCUGUGACAUUUAGUUUAUUUUUUUCAAAUAAUCUUUAUUCAUUUUCUAAAAGGAAAAAUACAAAAGAUACAAAAAAGAAGACUAAAAAAACUACAUAGAAAAUAACUAUAACAACAUUAUUUCUUGUCACUUAACAUUGUGGACUUCCUCAAUUCCCCCUCAUUGGGUCCAUUUUCAAUUCAUCCUUAGCAAUUUUCAUAUUAUAUCUUAAACCCUUUUCUACCGGUAACACUUACACAGUUUUAUCUUCCUUUAAUUCAUAAACAAUAUCCAUUAUUCUUAAUCUAUAAUAAUCAUCCAAUAUUCAUUACCUUUAAUUAAUUUCUCAAUAUCCAUCUUCAUUUUCACCCCAGACAUGCGUAGAAGCGACUUCCGGUGCCACGCCGCUGCUGGUCCCACAUUCUUCAGCAGGAGACUUGGCAGUUAUGCCCUACACAAAGCUCCUCCUUCUCAACACGCUCACCCUAGGAUGCCAGAGCUCUGGAUGUGGUGCAAGUCAGGAUCUUCUAGGCUGCCCUUGAUCCCCAUGUGAACCAAGUAAACAGCCUGGAUUCCUUAGGAGUCUCCCAAUACAGUUACAAUAGCAGAAAAGCUUCUUUAAGGAGAGCUCAUAGUUUUAUGUCGCCUUACGGUUCCAAACCUCAUUUUUUGGAAGUUGUCGAUUCUUAGUUUGUAUUAGCAAUAAUUUAAUUUUAUAUGUUUUACUAGCUGACCUGGCCACGCGUUGCUGUGGUUCUUUCCUGUGAUCCCCCCCACCCUGUCCCGAUCCAUGACAUAUCCUGCCCCUCCUGCCUCCACCCCAGCUCAUCCCUUUGUUUCGGUAGGAUACCCUUCCCUCUUUUGUCCCUGGAGAGUGUUGGCCCCUCCCCCCUGUAUCUCCAUACCUUGGCCCCCACCCUUCGAAAAGAAAUUAACAGCUUCUAGGUUCUAUUUCCCAGCAUGCACUUUUGUCUGAGCCUUCUGUUGUCCCUGGGGAGUGUUGGCCCCUACCCCCGGUAUCUUCCUACAUUGGCCCCCACCCUUGGAGAAGGAAAUGUCAGUUUCUGGGUUCCAUUUCCCAGUAUUUUCUUUUGUCUGAGCCCUCUGUUGUCCCCUCCCCCCUGUAUCUCCAUACACUGGCCCCUGCACACGCAUGGUGAGCAUUUCUAUAUAUUUAGAUUAAGGAUCGGGGGUGAUGAUGCGCCCUGGGACGCAGAGAACUACUUUAAAAAUCCAGACCGGGGUGGGUGGGUUGUCAAAUAACGAAGUCCCACAGCCCCGUAGCAACAGACAGGCCCAGACAGAAGGAGGGGGGUCAUAUGGGCCACUUGGCGCAGGCCUCCAAAUCUAAAGGGGGCCUCGGUCAGCAUAUUCACAAUCAGUAAAAUGAAAAAAUAACAAAAGGGUUAAAAACAGGGCCACAUUAUCUACCUGGCCCAGGCCCUGCAAGGGCCUGGCAACAGAAGGUGCAUUCUGAAGCACCCAAGUUGUUCAGUUCCAUAAAAAAAACCCAGGAAGUGGCAAGGGGAAGGUAGGGGAUUGUAAAUGGGGUGGGGGGUGGCCACUGCAAA